AUGUCGAGUCGUAAAAGAAACGAGUUUCUCGACAUCGCCUCCAGCGACGGUGAAGUCAGUGAUCGCGGAUACGACUCUGAGGCGGCGGAAGAGAGCAAAGGACGGACAGUGAAGCGGAGACGGACCCAACCGCAGAGAAUCCAGCUUACCGAUGGUGAUGGUGAUGGUGAUGGUGAUGGUGAUGGUGAUGAUUACGAAUCCGAAGCGUCAGAUGUGGAGGGGUCUUCCGGCGAAGUAGAAGUAGAAGCAGAAGCAGAAACCAACGAACGGGAUGCCUCAUCCAUCAAGAAGACGAAUGGAAAAGCGAAACGCACUUCCCGCCACGACGACGAUGACGAUAGUGAUAACGAAGAAACUGACGAAGAGAGUGAUCGAUAUCUCGACGUGACUGCGGGCUCGCAGACGAGCAUCAUCAACCGCAGCAACAAGAAUAAGAAGAAGAAAUCCUCCUCGAAACUCAAACCACCGAAGAAGAACAAAACCGGGGUGAUCUAUUUUUCCUCUCUACCGCCGUAUUUGAAGCCGUUUGCGCUGAAAUCACUCCUGGAGACGCGCGGAUUCGGACCCAUCACGAAGGUGUUUCUCUCCCCUGCAGUGAAGUCCGCCUCCGCGCCGCGGAGACGGUCGAAUAAGCGGAAGACAUAUUCGGAUGGAUGGGUGGAGUUUGCGUCGAAGAAGACGGCGAAGAUCUGUGCGGAGACGCUGAAUGCGUCGAUUGUCGGGGGGCGGAAAGGCGGGUGGUAUCAUGAUGAUGUGUGGAAUAUGAAGUAUCUGAAAGGGUUUAAGUGGGCGGAUCUCAUGGAGCAGGUGCAGAGGGAGAGGUCGGAGAGGGAGGCCAAACAGCGGAUUGAAGAUUCGAGGGCCCGCAAGGAAGAUAAGGUGUUUUUGCAGGGGGUGGAGACAGGGAAGGUGGUGGAUGGGAUACAGAAGAAGAAUGCUGAAAAGAGGAAGAGGAAAUUGCAGCUUGAUGGUGACCAUGGGGAGGAGGUGAAGGUGAGAAGGCUGUUCAAGCAGAGUGAGGUCAAGUUGGGACGUGACAAGAUCAAAGAUACUGGUGAUCUGGGGGAGGAUACAAAGAGAGUCUUGGGCAAGAUCUUCUAA